GCAAAUUAAAGUGUGCAUAAAGAUAAAGAUGAGAUGGUAUUGCCAUCUUCUUCUUCUCAUACCACAUCCCACAUCUCAUAGCUUUUCUUUUUAGACAUGGCUAAAUCAAUUUUCUUUUUCUUCUUACCCGUCUCACUUCUGCUUCUUCUUGCGGAGGCUUCGACAACUGCAGCUGCAGUGAACGCCACAAGUGGUUUGAGAUAUGGCGGAUGUGCUCCCGGAGACACCGUUGGAGAAUGCAUAACGGCGGAGAUUGAGGAGGAUGGAGUUGAGGCUGUGGUGCGGCGGAUUCUGCGACAACAGGGGAGGAAACUAAGCUACGCAGGCCUGCAGAAGCAGAAGCCAGUUUCUAACUGUAAGAUCGUAGGUAAUUGCAUCGGAAAAGCUAAUCAGAAAAACGCACCUUGCACUUACUACAACAGAUGCAAACGUGCCACUAGCUAAUAUGUUGUGUUAUCUUCUCUCUUAAUUAUGUAUGUUUUGUGAUCUUCUAUUGUUUUUUUAUGAAUCUAAUGCAACAUUAAGAACGUGUGUCGGUUGAAUUAAAUGUCUAUAUUGGAUUUGAUGCAAAAACAUUAUUUAUAAACUGAAUCAGUGAAACUUCAAUCUA